CGAUGUUCCACAAGAGCGCUUUCCUAUUACUGGUAUUGGCCAUAGCUCUCGCCAUCGCUGAGCCACCGCGCUUCCUUUCACGCCCAAACCGUUUCCAGCAGCGUCGUCCAUUUCUCGCACGUCAACAGUCCGUACCCGCAGCACCCCAGCCCGAAUUCGCGGCUUACCCUUUGGCUGAUGAACUGAAACCGGAAAAUCCCUUUCAAGUUGAGGAGGAAACUAGCGAACCAGACUUAGUUUACGGCCCACCAGACGCCACUUACGGACCACCAUUGCCCGCCACUGAUCCCUUGCCAGCCGUAGAAUCGCCGCCACAGUUUGCGACCAAUCCAGAUGCUGAGGAAUUUGAACGCCUCACUCAAAGCCGUCCCUCGUCCCGCGUCCAACAGCGUCCCCAGCAACAACGCGCCCAAGUACAUCUUGUGCAACGCACUCAACACCCACAACGCCUACAGCAAAGAAAGAGACAACAAAACGCCGUUGUUAAGCAGGUUGUGAAUGCUCCUCAACGCCAAAAGGCUACCAUUAAACGAGUGGUGAGCACACAGCAAUUGGUAGCUAGGCCUGCGCCAGCGCCCGCUGCUGCUGUGGUUGUGGCAGCACCCAUUGCAGCAGCUGCGUCGACUGCAGUAGCGCCCGCGAAGGUGGUUAUCUCCUCGGAACGCCUAGUGGCAGUGGAACCUGCGUCCGCCUUCAGUGCCGCCGUUAGUACGCCACUGGGAGAGUCUUAUGUAGUCAUCAAUUCGCCAUUCGCUUUAACCUCGCAAUUUCAGGCGUGGUAAGGUGGCGCAUUUUGUUAUAUUUAUAUCUGUU